AGGAGCAGUGGUCCGGGAAGAUUGAGAACAGCACCCACCCCAGGCAGGCGCGUGCUCCGCUGCGCGCGUGCGUUGUUUCUGAGCCCGACGCGGCAACCUGGCGCCAGGGCGCCGCCCGAGCUUGGCCCGCGCGCUGUGCGAAAAGCCAGGGACCCCGUAAAGGCGCGCAGCCCAGCCCCUGCGCCCAGGGCAUACCGCGGGGGUGCACAUGGCUGCGGAUUUCAGGGCGCAGAAGCCCCCAGGGGCGAAGAUGGGAAACGGGUGGAAGGCCACCCCGCCCCGCCUGCAAUAGCGCCCGCCGAUGAGUAGUUUUCGAAUUUACAAAAACGAGGCCGAUUUGGACGGGACGGAGAGGAAACUAUAGAAGCCGGAAGCGGCCGGGGGCCGCCCAGGAGCUGGCGAAAACAAGGGCAGGGCGCCGGGCGGGCGGGCGUUUCUUUGUCGCAGGGCGCCCGGAGGUUUUUGGCGCCCGGCGGGCCCGCUACCUGCAGCAAUGGCGGCGGCAGGCAUCGGGCGCAGCAGCCCGGGCGCUUUGGCGGGCCGCUCGUGUUUUGCGAGGGAGGUCGCCGGCGCCGAUGCCGCCCCGCCGCCCGCGGGCGUGCGGGAGUUGGAUGGCCGCCCCGCAAGAAGACGAAGGGGGCAGGGGGCGCGCGAGAUUUAUCGCCGCCGGAUCAGUCGCCGCCGCGAGCCCCAUCGACCAACGAACAUGGCUGGGUGGCGCAUUGGAUCGCGAAAAGCUGGCGCGCUUUCCGCAAAGUAAUGCAGCCGGCGCAACUGCCGCGCCUGUUCGGCAGCUGGUGCGCCGCCGGCCUUGGUUCGGUGCGCGCGCGCCGCGCCGGCAGGGUUUAGCGGGGUGGCUGAGUCGAUGGCGCCGGCGGAAGAGGUGGCUUGGGGGGAAAGCAAGGUGGACGGCGGAGAUCCUACCGCCGGUGGGCCAACUCCUGGGCCAAGUACUUGGAGCCCGCCGGCACCCGAGACGAUCCUAUCGCGCUGGUUUCUUCCGACGGGGCUCGGCGGCUGCAACAGU